UGAUUUUAAGUGUACAGAACAGUGAGGGGAGGGCGUUUAGUGUGCUGUAAAGUUAACAAAGGACCGUCCUCUCCUUAUUUAGCUCUCAUUGUCGGUCUAUGAAUGAGCCCGGAGUAGUUGCGACUGUUGUUUAUGUGUUUUAUGAGGGAGUGGGACAGAAAUAGAGACAGAAAGAGGGAGUGGAGAUCGUGAAACAUAGAGGUGCUUUCAAUUGUUUUGAUUUUGCUCUGUUGCCUGAGGAGGAACUUAAACACACAUCGGCUGUCAGUCUUUGGACACUCUUGCUUGUGUUUGCACCUGUUGAGCAGAUCUGCUUCAGUCGUCCAGCAGUCAUGGCCGCUUUGUGAAAACCACAUCUAUCAGGGAUCUUCUGCUGUUCUUCUUCCAGAGGAGAGAAAUGUCAUCGCUCUAUUCGCGCAGUAAGGAUCUUUCCUCUCGCUCCAGAAAGUCUCUGUCGGACUCGCCGCCCUCCUCUCCAUCGCCCAGCACCAAAACCUUCAGACAAGACCGGGCAUCAAGGUCAGACUCCAGCGGUGUGGAUUCUCUGUCAGACCGGCUGUCAUCUCGAACCAGCACUUACACACGCAGAGAAAACAGACUCGCCUCGCUGAGCAAACCUGAUGAGGACUCCACCAGCAAGGACUAUAAGAAGCUGUAUGAGGACGCUCUGUCUGAGAAUGAGAAGCUGAAGUCUCGACUGGAGGACAGCAAACAGGAGCUUACCAAAAUCCGCUCGCAGCUGGACAGAGUCACACAGAAGCAGGACAGAAUAUCAGAGAGGUCCACUGUAUUUGAAUCAGAGAAAAGGGAAAAAGAAGCAUUGGAGAAGAGGGUUUCAGAUAUGGAGGAAGAAUUAAAGGUAUUGACCGAACUGAAGUCUGAUAACCAGCGGCUGAAAGAUGAGAAUGGAGCCUUAAUUAGAGUCAUUAGCAAACUUUCCAAGUGAGGAAAACCGGAUGAAGAGGAAAAACACUGAACAGAGAAAGAUCAAAUAUUUAAUUGCACCUGAUCAUUGUUAUGCAGGGUAAUGGUUCUGUCAUCUCUGGCUCUUGGUGCAUCAGAUCCAAGGCUAAGGGGAUAAUAAACAUUAAACAUUCAUUUACUCAUGCUCAUGUCACUCCAUACCUGUAUGAAUUUUAUUUAUUUUUUAAACAUGGAGAAGAUAAUUUGAGAGAUGUCCCUUCGACCAACCCUCAUCAAAAAUUCAGAUAAAGUUUGCAUGGUUUCCUGUGGCCUAAGCUUGCUUAGAUAUUUGAUGUGAUGACAUAGAUCUAUUGUAGGCCUGGAUAUACUUGGAGCAAAGUUCUGUUUUGGUUAUUUACUUUUGGGGGAAAAAAUACCUGUUAUAAAACUUCCUGGUACUGAUGAAGGUUUUUAUCCAUGGAUCGAACUGUUCAAGCUGCCAAACCCCCAAACAUACUUUAUCUUGUCCUGAUUUUAUUUUGAAAUAAUCAACACUGGGGUACUCCUCAAUUUUGCUUCAAUAUUUUAAUAUCAUUGACCUGGUUAAAGGCAAUAGUCCAGUUUUGUUGGUGAGAAUUUGUUUUAUUGGUUAACAAUGUUCAAAAACAUCUACUGAACUAGACGACCUAUUCCCCCACCUUAAACUGUGUUGUGCAGUGUGGUACUCCAAUAACAUUGAGGCCACGGUUUGUUUGUUUUUAAGCAUGACCAUAAAAAUGUUCAAUGAAUUUCAUGUUUUCUUACUGUUAGCCAUUUCUAAAGCCUUGCUUAAAGUACCUGCUGAAAAGACCAGAGCGAAUGGGUCUUUUGCACUGGAGAAUUUAUUUCAUAGUUCCUGUAACUAUUUGGUGGCAACUUUUGUAUCACAGGAACUGGGAACGAUUUUAGAUACAUGAACUGCUUUCAGGAAAACUAAAAUAGUUAUUAUUUUAGAGUAAGGUCCAACUCAGCACAAUAGGAACUUCCGUGCCAAAUGUUUUGUGUUGAGCAAACAUGUCAUAUAAACCUACAUACUACAUACAUCUCCAAACAAUAUUGUCUAGAGUCUACACUUGUCCUAGCUGAUUAGUGGGACCACAAAUGGUGCUUCUGAGUAAUAGAAACUUUUGAAUCAGAGGAUUUUUUAUAGUUCUUAGAACUAUUAGCUGAAGUACCCACUUUUUGGUGUGAACACACGACAGGUACAGGCAAUAAGAACUCCUUUUAAUUAGGUAUACUUGUCAAAAGAAACAGUUUACAAAUACUUUACUUCCAAAAAUAUUGCCACAAACAAGUCAUAAGUUGGCUAACACCAGGAUCUAGAUUCUUGUCAUCAAUUCACUAAAUACCUACUUGCAUAUUGAUCGCAACCAAGGGGAAAAAAAAAUGUUUUUUUUUUGGUUCCUAUAACUAGCUAGUGCAAAAAUCCCUUACAAUCUACAGUGAUCCAAACUGAUUUGAAGGACCCCAAAUGGUGCUUCUAAAGGGCAAUGGUCUCAAAAUCAAUUCCCGGAGGGCCACAGCUCUGCACAGUUUAGCUCCAACCACCUCCAACUCACACCUGCUUAAUAGUCUCUAGUAGUCUUGAACACCUUGACUGGUUGGAUCAGCUGUGUUUGAUCAGGGUUGGAGCAAAACUGUGCAGAGCUGCGGCCCUCCAGGAAUCCAGUUUGAGACCUAUGCUAUAGGGGCUUUUGCAUGAGAGGAGUGUUUUAUAGUUUCUAGUACUAUUGGCAAAAGUACCCAUUUUUUUGGUCUCACACUAAAGGUACUGGCAAUUGGAACUCCUUUUAAUUAAACUAGAUUAGCUACAAUUUCAUAGCAGAGUCUUCUUUAGAACAACAGUUUUUGGAGACUGCCCUGGUGAAUAGUUCAUAUAACAACCUACUGCAAAAAAGCCCUUAUAGUCUUCACUGGUCCCAACUGGUUUGAGGGACCACAAAUGGUGCUUCUAUAGAUGCUUUUGAGAGGAGUGUUUUUUUAGUUCUUGGAACUAUUAACAGAAGUAUCCAGUUUUUGGUCUGUACACAACAAAGCUAUUGGGAAUAGAAACUCCUUUAGAUUACACUAAACUGGCUAUUAUUUCAUAGCAGGGUCUAGUUUUAGAACAACAGAAACACUUUAAUACACUGUACUUACUUUCAAAAAUAUUGCCAGAAUCAAGAUAGAUCAAGUCAUAAAUUGGCUGACACCAAAGUCUAUGUUCUUGAAUGACAUCAAUGUCACCUGCCAAAAUUCCUACUGACAGAGUGAAUGCAACCAAGUGGGAAAAAAAAGUUUUUGAGUUGGUGAGUAGUUUCUAUAAACCCAAUCCAAAGAAAGCGUCUAUAUAGUGAAAAAUAAAAAUACAAAACCUGUCACUGGGUUGGUACCAAUUUUGUACCUUAAAUGUAUGCAUUAGUACCUUAAAAGUACAAUUGUGUACCUUUAGGGUACACUUUUGUAUCUUGAAGGUACUACACAUUUGUACUUUUUUUGGUAUUAAUAUGUACCUUUAAGGCGCAUAUGUGGCCCUGUAAGGUACAAAAGUGUACCUUUUGAAAAGUACCACCCAAGUGACAGGUUUUGUACCUUUACUCAUAAGAGUGUGCUCCCAAAUGAUCCGAGGAACCCCAAAUGGUGCUUCUAUAGGGGCUUUUGCAUGAAAGGAAGGAGCAUUUUUAUAGUUCCUAGAUAUAUUGGUGAAAGUACCCACUUUUGGUGUGUCACAGUAACUGGGAACUUCUUUUGAGGUAUCUAAAUGUGCUACUAUUUUAACAUGGUCUAACCCAGCACAAUAGGAACCACAGGGACGUUUUAUGCUGAUUCGUUGAACACAGUAUGUGUCAUACAAAACACCACUUUCAUCACCAGUACAAGUUAUCAAGGGUGAUUUUUGUCUCAGUCCAUUUUUUUGCACCUUUAGUUACAAAAUAUAUGUAAUUCCAUCUCCAUUAUCACAAAUCCCACACAUAACAGAAACACAGGUUCAAUCACGCCAUCCAAUGUCCUCCAGUCCUCCAGAGCUUGUUGUCACUGUUGGUUGGCUUUCGUCAUUUCAGAGUUGAUGGCCAAAUACAAUCAGGAAAAUGACACUGGGGAAAACCUUUCAGAUUGAUAACUAGGGUCUUAUAACUAAGUUCCUACUACAUAGUGCUAAAGCCUUUUAGAGCACUGAUACAAAACCUCCUAAGAUGGUAAACUUGUUAGGAAGUAUUGUUGGAACACCAGCAUACCAUUAUCUAUGGGCAAGUGUCCAAACCACAGCACUGGUCACCAACUGCUUUGGUCAUUUCAGCAGGGAAGAGCUGUGCAAACUGCCAUUCCUUUGAACAGUAUUUGACCAUAAAUCAAAUUGAACUGUCCUGAAGCAGUCAUUGGUCUAAUAUGGUCCAGUCGGGUCCUCAGAAGCUCUGCCAGAAUAUUCUAAAAGGAAUGUUCCCACUGAGAGACGACGUCACUCUCUUAACUCGCUUCAUAUCAACACAUCUGUCCUGUUUACUUUUACACUUGCAGUGUUUAUAUAUAAACCAAAAGGCUAAAGAAUAGAUACAUGAUACCAUUGCUGUGUUUAUAUUUAUUUAUGCCUGUGUGUGUGUAAUUAAGAUCAUCUAUAUGGAUUAAACAAACACCACACAUAAUAUGCCAUUUGAAAAGCUGUGUUUAUUUUCAUUGUCCACAGUUUUUAACCUGUAUUCUUGAACCAAUGCUCACAGCACUUUGUUUAUGAUUGUGUUUGUUCUUUGUUGUUUGCUUGUUACUAUUAUUAAAACACACU